CUCCGUCAAUGUUGUGUCAUCAUCAUAUCGUAUGUUCUAAAAACCAAUAAUGGCGUUGAAUGACAGGAACAGUGUGGACUGUGUGGACGUAUAUAGUGUCAAACAGUCAAAGGUUCAUUUGAUUUUCUUUACGUGUCCCAUUCAUUGACGAAGUUGACUCUGUUUUGUCGACUACGCCAAUCAGCUCCACCGAUUAUUUGUUUUUUCCCUUGUAUAUCCUUUCCUUCAGUAGCACAUCCACUCACCUUCCCCCAGUCGUUACGCAAUUCGUAAGUGGUUAGUGAUACAACGUCUCUAGAAGGGGUUACGCGUGAAUUGAAGAGCGAGAAUGUGGUUCUGGCAUUUUCACGAUGGAGGUUGUGGAGCUGUUUAACCACAUAAGCACAAACGUCGGAUCCUACACGAUCCCACCAUGGUUCUACCAGCUGCUCUCGGACUACCAAAUAACCCGGAACGUCCUGAUAAUCUCCACAGCGAUAGUAAUCCUCUUCAUCACAGUUCUCCUCUCCUUCCUCCGAAAAUGGAAGAACAAAGAGCUCCUCGUGAAAGAGGUGAAGGAGUUCGUUGGGGUAGGAAGUGGAAAGCCAAGGUUUCGUAAGCGAGACAAGGUCCUGUUCUACGGUAGAAAGAUGCUGCGCAAGGUGAAGUCAAUAAGUGGGCAGGUGCAUCCCACGGGUCAGGGUAAGAAGCGUCGUGCGGUCAUGAGAUUUGCGAGGAGAUUGCUCCAGCUUAAGAAGGACACUGCGCCGCAGCAGCUGAAGGUCCUGGAGCCACCGGCCGAGUACUUGGAGGAAGAUCUUGGACCUGGAGACAGAGUUCCUCCAGAUGCACUUUACAUUCUCCAAAGUAUCAGGGUUUUUGGACACUUUGAGAAGCCCGUGUUCUUGAAAUUAUGCAAACACACUGAGAUUAUGAAUUUACCAGCUGGAUCAGCUCUGUUCAAGAUCGGAGAUCCUGAUGAGAAUGUUUUUAUAGUCCAGCAGGGACUCGUUAAUGUCUAUAUUAAUGGAGUUGACGGCUCUCAGGUGCCACUGAAACUCGUCAAGACUGGGGAAUCGGUGACGAGUCUUCUCAGCUUCACUGAUGUCCUGACUGGACACACAAGCACGUACAAGACAGUCUCAGCCAGGGCUGUUGAGGACUCCGUCGUUGUGAAAUUACCCAUGAGCGCGUUUCAGGAGGUUUUUCAGGAUCAUCCUGAUGCUUUCAUUCGGGUCAUUCAGGUCAUCAUGGUGAGGCUGCAGAGGGUCACCUUCACGGCGCUUCAUCAGUACUUGGGGCUGUCUGCUGAGCUGGUCAAUCCGGGGUCUCAUAAGAAGAAGCAGAGCCCUUUCUCCGGGUCGCCUGUGAGGUCCAGGACGAAAGAGAAUUUUUCCACUCAAGUUCAUGAUGGGGCUUCUUAUUCUACUUCUAAUGAGGGGCAGGAGGGCAGUGAGGCUAGUGCUCAUGGCUCACAUCCGGUUAAUAUUGGAGGGUUGAAGAGAACGAAAAACAACCUAGACUGGAAGCUCCUGGCGUCGUCCCAGCUCCCAGUGAGUCACACAACGACCCCGGACAUGGUGCCCGAGUGCGACGCCCACUGGUCCUCGUUGCCCCCCUCAAGCCUCCCCUCGCACCCCCCAAGCCACCCCAGCAGCCAGAGCGGACCGGACGUGAUGCACACAGGCACCCCCUCAGGCUUCCCCCGAAAAAAAUCGACCAACGAGCCCCCGCCCCCCUUCGACGAGGCCCACCUGGUCCAAAUAGCGACCGAGGCGUUCGUCAAAGAGCUCGGCCUAGAGGACGACUCAGUCCUCAAGGAGAAAGUACAGAUCCGCGAAGUCCCAGCUGGCACUUACCUCAUGAAAGAAGAGUCCCACAAGGACGUUGCCCUAGUCUACGUGGUCUCCGGCUCCCUAAUAGUCUCCCAAAAAGGUGCUGAGGGUAACGCAACGAACGAGGAGAUCCACAUGUUCAGCGCUCACCAGGGAGAGAUAGUGGGUGGUCUGGCAGUGCUGACAGGCGAGCCCUCGUUCUACACAAUCAGAGCCAAACACCCGAGCAGAAUCGCCCUCCUGAGCAAGCAGACCUUCUUCUCGAUAAUGAGGGACACCCCAACGGUCGUCCUCCACGUCGCCAACACUGUGGUUCGAAGGUUGAGCCCUUUCGUCCGCCAGGUGGACUUCGCCCUGGACUGGCUCUUUCUCGAGAGUGGUCGAGCUGUUUAUCGUCAAGGGGACGAGUCAGACUCGACGUUCAUCGUGUUGAGUGGACGUUUGAGGUCUGUCAUCACUCACGCCAACGGGAAGAAGGAGCUCGUGGCUGAGUAUGGAAAGGGGGACCUCGUGGGGAUCGUGGAGAUGGUGACGCAGACCCCUAGGUCCACCACUGUGAUGGCUGUUCGUGAUUCAGAGCUUGCGAAACUCCCUGAGGGACUCUUCAACGUUAUCAAGCUGAGGUAUCCGAUCGUCGUGACGAGAUUAAUUAAUUUGCUCGGGCACAGGAUUCUGGGGACUUGGAAGCAGGUUCAGAGUCCUGUCACCAGCAGUCAGAGGGCCACUGUCGAUGCCAGACCUGCGCAGGUGAAUUUCUCUACUGUCGCUAUUGUUCCGGUCUCUGAGGAUGUGCCUCUCACUGCUUUUACGUAUGAACUGUAUCACUCGCUCUGUGCCAUUGGACCCUGCUUGAGACUGACUUCUGAGGUCGUGAGGAAGACUCUGGGGGCGAGUAUUAUGGAGCCGCCUAAUGAGUACAGGCUCACGUCUUGGCUGGCGCAGCAGGAGGAUCAGCACAGGAUUUCGCUGUAUCAGUGCGACUCGACGUACACAGCCUGGACGCAGAGGUGUGUCAGGCAGGCUGACUGCAUUCUCAUUGUCGGACUGGGGGAUCGACCCCCGAGUCUGGGGAGGACUGAGAGGGAGGUGGAGAGACUCGCUAUGAGGACGCAGAAGGAACUCGUGCUUCUGCACAAGGAGCAGAGUGGCCAGAGACCUUCCAAUACUGUGCAGUGGCUGAAUAUGAGGAGUUGGGUCUCUAGUCAUUUUCAUAUUCAGUGUCCCAAGAGGAUGUUCACUAGGAGGUCGCAGUACAGAAUUAAUGAGCUGUACUCAAAGGUCCUCAUGUCGGAGCCCAACGUCCACAGUGACUUUAGCAGAUUGGCGAGGUGGUUGACAGGUACAUCAGUGGGGCUGGUCCUCGGUGGAGGUGGAGCAAGGGGAGCUGCACAUGUGGGGAUGUUGAAAGCUAUUCUGGAGGCAGGGAUUCCUAUUGACAUGAUUGGGGGGGUCAGUAUUGGCUCCUUCAUGGGGGCUUUAUGGUGCAUGGAGAAGAACAUCACUACGACGACGCAAAAAGCGCGAGAAUGGUCCAAGAAAAUGACUCAAUGGUGGCGUCAAAUCAUGGACUUAACGUACCCAAUGACGUCAAUGUUCUCCGGAAAAGACUUCAAUAAAACGAUUCAAGCAACGUUCGGAGAUACUUACAUCGAAGACCUCUGGCUGCCUUUCUUCAUCAUAACUACUGACAUCACAGCUUCUUGUAUGCGCACGCAUACACAUGGAUUGCUUUGGAAAUACGUGCGGUCCAGUAUGACAGUUGCUGGUGUUUUUCCUCCCAUUUGUGAUCCUCACGACGGGCAUCUUUUGGUCGACGGAUGUUAUGUUAAUAAUGUUCCAGCUGACGUCAUGUUAAGACAUGGAGCACAUCACAUUCUGGCCAUCGACGUGGGGUCACAGGACGACACAGAUUUAACAAAUUACGGAGAUUCGUUGUCGGGCUGGUGGUUACUCUGGAAACGAUGGAAUCCCUUCGCUGUUCCUGUCAAAGUCCCCAAUUUACCUGACAUUCAAUCGAGACUUGCUUACGUCAGCUGCGUAAGGCAGUUGGAGGAGGUCAAGUCCUCGGAUUACUGUGAAUACAUCAGGCCACCCAUUGACAAAUAUAAAACGCUGCAAUUUGCCAAUUUCGAUGAGAUCAAGGACGUUGGAUAUCAUCAUGGGAAAACGUACUUUGAGGGUCAAUCAAAGGCUGGCGUCCUUCCUCGUUUCAACGCAGACCGAGAGACCGCACGAGCGCUGAGAGAAAAACACAAGUCAGGGAAUCCGGAGGCGUCCUCUUACACCUUCACAGACCUCGCGCAAAUGGUGUGUAAAGUCUCCCGAGGGAAUCGUUAUGGUGAUCUUGAUGACACAGACUCUGAUGAGUUCGAGGAAUACGAGGCUGACCUCGAGGAAGACGCCCAGGAGGUCGGUUAUGCGUCAGAGCCAACUGCUGGGAUUCUAGAUCAGAGUCCUGACGACAGCCGAUUGAGACGUCGUGCAGGAGUUUCUCUCAGCCUCUCGGACACAGAGGCUGAGUCAGAAUUGGAGUACCAUCCAAAGCUAUUUUGAACCUGGAGAGAAAGACCAAAAGUGAGAGCUUUACUUGCGAUAAAAUGGGUUACCAUUUAAGUUAGAAUAAUAAUCUAGACAAAAUCCAAAUUUUCAUAAUGAAGCACAGGGAUAUUUUCUAUUCAUGGUUGGGGAUGUAAAUUACAAAAUUUGUCGACGAAAUCCAGCCCCUGAGAGUUUACCAUCUCGUUAAUCAUCGUGUAAACAAUGCAAUGAUUGUAUCUAUCGAGGUACACGUACUGAAUAACUCAUUUGUAUUUAAUAUUAAGAAUGCGAAAGAAAUAAAUGAAAAUUUUCUAUUUGUACAUAAAACCAA